AUGUCUCCACCUAGGUCGUCGAUACAGGCUAUUGAUCCGGACUUGAUGCGAAAUAUGCCGGAAGAUCCCACUCGUAACGAAGCCAUAGACGGAGGCCUUUACUUUCAAAGCGAAAUGCUCAUAUCUGUACCCUAUACCCACGCACAGUUCCAGGGCACAGUCGACGCUCGGUCGCAUUUUGCAUCUAUAUCAAAUGCUACCAACUCCCGUAGUGUUGAUUUUGCUUCCGUUGACGCUACAAUGCCACCGCCACUUCAAAGUUCAGUAGAUCCAAUGGCCAAACGCCAGAAGUAUGAUUUUCCUGCGGAUUCAGAUGCAGGAUCGCCAAUUCCCUAUAGUCCUUACCCAGCCAUGCCUCUAACACCGUUAUCAGUUGGCUCUGAAGGAAACAUUAUGCAAACAUCAUUGACACCACAAAACUCAGCACAGUCGCCUCCCGACGUACGUCGUGUGUCCGUCCAAUCGCUUAUCAAUGAUCUUCCAAAGAAGAGACCAGGCCCGCCUGGUGUAGAGGCUGAGCGUGGUCGACAGUAUCCAAUCGCUGAUUCUGCCUUUACAACCUACGGCUAUGACUUGGGACUCCCUGACAUCGAUACGCCGAGGAAUAAUGACUUUUCGGCUAUUGCUAUAUUCAGUCCGCAAAGCGAUACGAUGGGGUUCGACGAUGACACACCCUAUGGUAGUGCUGAGCCUCACGGCAAGGACAUGGCUUUCGAGAGCGGAGGAUACUAUGCAAAACCUGUUCCAAUUCGAAUAUCGAAGUCUCUGGAGCCGUUACCGCCCUUGCUUAUGGAGAACCAGAUGAAUCUCUUGUAUUUCCAUCACUUCAUCAAUCAUACAGCGCGUGUCCUUGUAAAUCAUGACUGCGAGCGGAACCCAUUUCGUCAGAUUCUACCAGAGAUGGCUGUGCAAGACGAAAAUAUCAUGAACCUUCUCCUCGCAUAUAGCGCUGCGCACCGCGCGCGUAUGCUUAACCAUGCGGAACCCUCGAAUCGCAUUGCAGUCUGGGUACAAGAUGUGUUUCCCAAACUUCGUGAAGCGCUCAACGACGACCCCAACACUAUAUCUGACAGCACUCUUGCAGCAGUUAUAAUGAUGGCGAGUUUGGAGAUCAUCUGUUCGGGUACAUUCGAGGUACCCGUAUCCUGGCAGAACCAUCUAACCAUGGCACGCCAGAUGAUCAUCCAGCGCGGCGGACCGAAGGGUAUGGGCCGACAUGAUCGUGUAGCCUACUUUCUUUCCCGGUGGUUCGCAUAUCUCGAUGUUCUCGGCUCAUUGAGUGGAAACAAGAACGACACGCCCCUUGGUUCCUCCUACUGGUCCAGCGAAAACGCCUCAGCAGACGAAGAUUUCGAAAUCGAUUGUCUAAUGGGUUUCACGAUACGUUGCAUAGGAUCUCUGGCCCGUGUCUCCGAACUAGCGAAGCGCUGUGAGCCCCAGCGCAUUGACGAAGAAGGUAAUGUAAGGGAAGGCUGGGCCCCUAGCUCUGAGGUUGUCGAGGAAGCUCUCAAAAUCCGCCAAGCGCUCGAGGAAGGAUUACUAGAUCGCAACAUCAGGAAAGGAUGUAACCACCGCUCCAGUACUUCGUCUGAGUCUGAAGGAGCAUGGGAUGCAACCGAGAUCUACGCGACAAACGAACUCUAUCAUUGGGCCGGAUUGAUUCACUUGUACCGUCGUGUUCUCGGUAAAUCUGCCAUGGAUCAUGAAGUCCAGCAAGCGAAGCUUGUUUGA